AUGGCUACAUUUUAUCAGGUCUCGGCUCAGGCAGUCACCUGUGGUUUCUAUAUACCAUUGGAGAAGGUAACUUUCACCGUUACAUUUGUGUAUGCAUUCAACACGGUUGAGGAGCGCCUUUCCUUGUGGGAAGAAUUGAGCAACUUAAAUGCCACAACACCACUCUCUACGCAUCCCUGGGCAGUGGUGGGCAACUUUAAUCAGAUCCUAAGGGUCUCUCAACAUUCUAGACAUCCUGCUGCAGAUGUUGACACCUCAGGAAUUGAUGAAUUCAUUCUAGCGCUGCAAGAUGCGGAUCUCGUUGAAGCGCAAGCUAAAGGACUUGCGUUUACAUGGUGGAAUAACCAGGAUGGCAACCCGACCUCCAAGAAGAUUGAUCAUGCACUUUAG